GACGGUGGAGGGUGUGCUUUGUUGUUGUCGAUCUUCGCUCUACGAGAGACGUAGGAAGAUGAGUGAGCACAGUUAUCUAAAAUCCUUAGAGUAAAAUUUCCGAAAUGAAUACUAUUCUCAUGGAAGGCGAGACGGUUUAUAAUUCUCACGAUGACAACCACAUUGUUAUGUCAGAUAAAGUCCAGUCAUUGGCUGGAAGUAUUUAUCAAGAAUUUGAACGUAUGAUCAGCCGAUAUGACGAAAAUGUUGUCAAAGAUCUCAUGCCACUUGUUGUCAACAUUCUCGAGUGUCUUGAUCUCGCCUACACGGAAAACCAAGAACACGAGGUGGAGCUUGAACUUCUACGUGAAGAUAAUGAGCAGCUUGUUACUCAGUAUGAGCGGGAGAAGCAGCUGCGCAAGUCUUCGGAGCAGAGACUGCUGGAGAUUGAAGAUAAUGUGGAAGAAGAGCGGAAAAACACCCAGAAUAAAGUUCAAAGUCUGGAGUCAAUUGUCCGAAUGUUUGAGCUGAAGAAUAAGAAUGCAUCAGAUCAUGGGAGCCGCUUAGAAGACAAAGUUGAAGAGAUGAAGCAAGAGUACAGCCGAUUACAUGAUCGUUACACUGAACUUUUCAAGACACAUGUAGACUACAUGGAGCGGAGUAAAAUCUUGCUUGGCACGGACAGACUUGACCAAAUCUCUCGACCCAACAAGCUUAUGGGUCCAAGCAUGGGCAUGACCAGCUUCUUGCCCGGCAGGUCUUCGGGCCCCGUGUCUUUUGGGUUCAGUUCCCUGGACCCCAACAAGAGCCUCACGUCCCCCGGCGACUAUGGGGAAGUUGGGGCUGUAUCUGCCACCCAAGCCUCUGGGUCGUCGUCGCUCAAGAACGAACUUCAUGAGGCGGGCGUUGGGCCCGACAACGCUGUGAGUCACGUUGACAGGAGUCAACUGACUGAUGGUGUUGAACACGUGGAGCGUUCAACUGACACCAGAGGCGCGUGGGGCCCCGGCGCCCUCACUCCUGACGGGGAGCUCAUGGCGUCCCCUGAGCUCGACGACGACCUCGCCAACAACGCCAUGACCCGCUCCUUCACUAACAAGGAGGAGCGUACGGGCAACACGCUGUACCAGGAGCUGCAGUUCCAGGAGCCUGACGCCCUCGCUGAUGUCGACGAGACCGCCGACAUCACUGACAGCGGCAGUGAGUCUGGCGAAGUACACAAGCAGCAGCCUUCAUCAGAGGAACCGUCGUCAGCUUCACAUGAUUUCGUCACCGACAAUUUCUUUGGUAUGGGCAAAGAGGUCGAGAAUCUCAUCACCGAGAACAAUGAGCUGCUGGCUUACAAGUGACCUAUAUCAAUAGCCUAUGCUUGACUCGCCUUGGGUGCCAACAGUGAGCAAGAAAUUCUGCGGGAGGAGAUCCAGUCUGUGAACGCCGUGAAGAGCAGACAAGCCCUGCGCAUCCAGGAGCUCGAGGACGACAUCAAGAAGCUCAAGCUGCAGAUGGAGAACAUGGAGCAAAAGGGCACUGGUGAAGAUGAGGACGAGGUGCCGAUGGCGCAGCGUAAGCGCUUCACGCGCGUCGAGAUGGCGCGCGUGCUGAUGGAGCGCAACCAGUACAAGGAGCGCUUCAUGGAGCUGCAGGAGGCCGUGCGCUGGACCGAGAUGAUCAGGGCGAGCAAGGGCGACCCUGAUGUCGACAAGAAGGGCAAGCACUCCAUAUGGAAGCUGUUCAGCAGCCUGUUCAGCGGGUCCGGAACGGAGAGGUCAGAACGCGCGCUGCCCCAUGGCAGCGUCCGCUACGACACCGCCGGCCAGACCGUGGCGCCCCCACCAGCGCUGCCGUCCGCCGCCCCUCUCGACACCAUGCGACGCCGCAACAAGACCAAGCCUCUGCACAACGAACUCUUCGACACUUCCGCUGAUAUGUCUCUGGCGCAGCAGCAGCGACGUGCCCUGGAGCGCAAGGAGCAGUACCGCGCUGUGAGGGCGCACGUACGUAAAGAUGACGGCCGCGUGCAGGCGUACGGCUGGUCCCUGCCUGCCACCCGUCCUACCAUGCAGGGUACGCCCCUCACAGGGGGCACCCCCACACACGGCACCAAGGGCGGGGCCUCCACCAGACAUGGGGCCAGCAUACCGGUCCCGGUGCCCGUAUACUGCCGCCCGCUCAUGGAGAAGGAGCCUGGCAUGAAGAUAUGGUGCGCUGCGGGAGUGAACCUCACCGGAGGCCGUACAAAGGACGGUGGCAGCAUCGUAGGCGCCAGUAUUUUCUACUCGUCCGCGGGCUCUGCCCCAUCGUCGCCGCUCGUCGCGGACGGCGAGAACAAGCAGGAUGAAGUCUGCAGACUGGACGCUGAACUCAGAGACAGCGAAGCAGCGCGUCAGGAAGGCGUGACGCUGGAGGCGCGUCUGUCGUCGCUCGUGUGGAUCUGCACGUCGACGCACAGCAUCAGCAAAGUGUCCGUCAUCGACGCCAACAAUCCUGCUGAUAUCCUGCAGUCCUUCCACGUGUGCUCCUCACAUCUCCUCUGCAUCGCCAGUGUUCCUGGGGCGAAGGAGAGCGACUACGCCGGGGCGGAGGACGCGACGGCGCCCUGUACACCGGCGCACCAAAGCCGCUCCCAGCAGGAGGCGCCCCGCGAAACUGAGCAGCGCGACGCUGGCGGUGAUGACAUCGGUGGGGUGACGUCAGCUGUGGGGACGCUCACCUUCAUCAGCUGCGGUGCUGGCACUGACGCGCCUGCUGACGCUGACGAGCGCGACCAGAAUGAAGAUUGUUCGCCUGUGCUCACCAAGCAGCUCACCGCUGCUGCUGAUCCUUCAGAGAUGCUGAGCGCGCAGGCCACGCCCCCGCCCCGGCGGCUGCUGAAGGAUCCUCAGGGCGUCAUCAAGGAUGGCGUGGAGGACUCUAAUGAUGCCGAAGGCGUGGUGGGUGCGGUGGUGGAGCGCAUGUCGUCGGUGCUGCCCACGAUGUGGCUGGGCUCACAGUCUGGCAACCUCUACGUGCACUCAGCCGUCAGGAACUGGAAACGCUGCCUACACUCCAUCAAACUCAGGGACUCUGUCCUGUCCAUCGUUCACAUGCGAGGCCGCGUGCUGGCGGCGCUCGCGGACGGCACGGUAGCGAUCUUCCGGCGCGGGGGAGACGGGCAGUGGGACUUGGGGUCACACUACCUCCUGGACCUGGGCAAGCCCCACCACUCCAUCCGCUGCAUGCACGCCGUCCUCACCAGCGUCUGGUGUGGCUACAGGAACAAGAUCCACGUCAUCGACCCCUUCGUCAUGAGCGUCAAGGACUCAUUUGACGCGCACCCCCGCAAGGAGUCGCAGGUGCGGCAGCUCGCGUGGGUCGGUGACGGAGUAUGGGUCAGCAUCCGCCUGGACUCUACACUGCGCCUCUACCACGCACACACGCACCAGCACCUCCAGGACGUCGACAUAGAGCCAUACGUCUCCAAAAUGCUCGGCACCGGAAAGCUGGGAUUUUCAUUCGUCCGCAUCACGGCGCUUCUCGUGUCUUCCAAUCGCCUCUGGAUCGGCACCGGCAACGGGGUCAUCAUAUCUGUGCCGCUCUUUGAGAGCUCGUCAUGCUCUGGCGUCAGCGGAUCGACUGCAGCAACGUCAGGCGCUCCUGGAGGGAUGGUGCGGGUGUACGCAGAAGCGGGCGCUGGGGGCGCCGUCGUCAGCGGGUCCUUUGUGCCCUUCUGCUCCAUGGCGCAGGCGCAGCUUUCCUUCCACGGCCACAGAGACGCCGUGAAGUUCUUCGUCGCUGUGCCAGGAAGCGGAAGCUCGCCCCUGUCUGCGCUGCUGCCGCCCUCGAGUGGCCCCGACUUGGUGAGCAGCUGCACGGCGCCCUCGUCCUCCGCUGCUGCUGCCCUCGGUGAUGGCAACCCUCACCCGCCCUCCAACAUGCUUGUCAUCUCCGGCGGCGAGGGAUACAUCGACUUCAGAAUUGGCGAAGGCGACGACGACGGCACCAGUGCGACGGGUGACGCAGGCGGAGGGUCGUCGGGUAAACCUGAGGGGCUGAGCCGGGGGGAGAACCCCCACCUGAUCGUGUGGUCCGUGGGGGCACCAGCUGAGUGAACGCAACCAUCGUGUGGUCCGUGAGGGCCACACACCCAGCUGUCGACCAUAUUGAACACAACCUGCUUUCCAACUAUUGUCUCAUGCUGUGUGAAUACAGCUGUUCCCCACACAUGCUCGUGCCAGCUGUGGGAAUACAACCAGCUUUAGAAAUGUGUACGCGAGUUGAGUUAACCAUCUGCGGAUACUGUGGUCAUACAGGCUACAGGCACGCCUCAUGGCGUAAGGUUGUUCCUGUUGGAUUUUUAUUCCCACAAAUGCGUCGACGCAGCGAGGCAUCGCGUGCUCCAGCUUUAGAAUACGGAACGCAAGCUGAGCAAAACGUGGAUUUUUAUUUAUCUCGUCUCGUUCAUAGAUAGUUUUCUACGUAGAUGUUUUAGUAAAUUGAGUUUUAGGUGAUCUGCGUACUUAUGGUUUUAGGCUAAAAUGGAUUAAAUGUUUUGCUUGGAUAAGCUAGGUUUUAUUCGACUUAUUAUUAUUGGGAUCCGUGCAAUGUUUCUACAACUUUCAGGUGCUCGGUCUCUUUGUCUAAAUGUGAUUCUAUGUAAUUUUUAGUUUGAUUUUUCUGUUCGUCCGAAAAUUUUAGGGAAGAAAAUCGCACUUAAAACGAAGCUGGUCAGUUAAACCCGAGUGCUCAAGCCUGUACCUAAACCUCUCAGUUCUCGCCUCUCACUGACCGUUGUGUUUAAUUUCAGUUCCGUCUUUCAGUUGUAUCGUAUUAUUUAAGAAUCCUUCUCUGAAUAUUGUCAUUUCUCGUGCCGUCUGUAUGAUUCAAAUCGAGCUGCCAAAUGUGUUCACAUUUGUUCACACAUUCACUGAUGAAUGUGAGUCUCACUUCUACAUCUUUUCUUGUGAGGUAUAAGUCUUUCAAACGCGUUCAUGUCAGUUCUACGGUUAUUCUUAUGUAUAUAGAGUUUCAACAAUUUUUCA